AUGUCUUCUUCGAACGAUGAACAACGCCAGCCUGGUCUCAUCGCCGGCCAUGCCCAGUACAUCAAAGGUGCUGCAGUGAAUGCUAUCGGCAACAUUUCCGGGUCUGAAGCUUGGAGCACGUCAGGUGAAGAACAGAAGAAGCACGCUGUAGAUGCUAUGAAGGAAGCUAGUGAGCAGCGCGAUCCUCAGCAGGGUUACGGCAAAGCGGAGGAGAUCGCAGGAAAGUUGUCGGGGUGCGAAGGGAUGCAAAAAGAAGGUGCAGCGAGCAAGGAAGACUGAAGGGCAAGGAUGGUCUCGACAAUUGUACCAAAAUAAGGAGCAAGUAGCGGAAUAUUAUGUUACGAUUUUCACGGGAUCUUAUGUAAAUCGUAUACAAUGCUACUUCCCAUUAUUGGGUUCGCGGUUACUGACUGUCGUCCCCAUCCAGU